AUGGCUGGUAACGCCGACGAGGUGAGCUGGGAUGAUCAGCAGAACAUCUGCGCCUUCGGGCGCCUCAACACCCGCCUGCACGAGGUCAACGCCGAGCUCAAGGCCAAGUCGAAGAUGGUGGAGGACCUGGACGAGGCGAGCAACGAGCUGAUCAUCGCCGACGAGGACACCGUGCGUUUCAGCGUGGGCGAGACCUUCGUCACCGUGGACAACGACGACGCGGAGACGAUGCUGCAGGCGCAAAUCGCCGAGGUGGGCGCCGAGGUGAGCGCGCUGGAGAAGGAGAAGAAGGACAUCACCUCCGCCAUGGCCGAGCUGAAGGAGAAGCUGUACAAGAAGUUCGGCAACAACAUCAACCUCGAGGAGUGA